GUGACAGUGACGGAACGAGGGAGUGCGUCCGAGCGCUCGCUAGUGUUGGAUUGUAAUCGUGUUCAGACUGUAAUGGAAUAAACGUGCCAAGAUGUCAGAUAGGUUUCAUAGGGCCGCGCGUGAUGGCUACCUCGAAGUCCUCCGGGAAGCCACCAGGAGGGACUGCAACGCCCCCGACGAGGAUGGCCUCACGCCCACUCUCUGGGCGGCUUACGAGGGCAACCUGGACGCCCUGAGACAGCUGGUGGGCCGAGGCGGCGACCCCGACAAGUGCGACCACUACGGUAACACGGCCCUGCACUGCGCGGCGGCUCGGGGGCACAUGACCUGCGUCUCGUUCCUCGUCAACUUCGGCGUCAAUAUCUGGGCUCUGGACAACGAGUUCCACACGGCCAAAGAGCUCGCCGCCAUGAACAACAAGGACGAUAUCUUGCGUUACUUGGACACGGUCGCUGGGAAGCAGAAACAGACUGAUGCUAAGCAAGUGAAGAAGCUGCAGGACAAGGCUCAGAAGGACUCGGAGAAAAGACGGAAGGAGUUCCACAAGAUCCAGCAGAAGGCGGACAAGAAGAGGGAGGCCGAGAACGCGAGGCUGGAGAAGGAGAGGGAGAAGAUCGAGAAGCAUGAGGUCAAGCCGCAAGGUCGCCGCAAGAGCAUCAUGAACACCCUGUCGCGCAGCUCCAUCGCCUUCAUGAACGGCCCCCGGAAAGAUUCCCGCCUCCUGUACGACAGCAACAGCCCCAAGUUCUCCGACCUCACCAACACCAACAACCAGAAGAAGAACAUCGGCGGUAUUCAGAAGAAAAUCAUUAAGAAGAAGGUGCAAGACGAGAACAAGAGUGAAUUUAAGGUCCGGGAGACGGAGGGCGACGGCAAGCGGUCGGUGCGCAGCCUGUCAGGGUUCCGCCGCGACUCCGAGAUCCUGUUCGUCCCCAACGGCAGCCUCAGCAGCGCCAACAGUGAGUCGCCUGGAUGCGGCAAGCGCGGCAAGAUCAGCGACGUGUUCGAGACGGAGGACGAGCAGGAGGGCGGCCGGCUGCCCCGCGCCUCCAGCCAGCCGGACUUCUACGAGCUCUCGGAGCCCAGCAUGCAGCACCGCGGCUCCCUCUUCGCGCGUCCAGGCUUCGGCUCCGUCGCUUUCAGGAACUCCAUCACAGCCACGCUGAGCAGCCUGGCCACGAGCGGCAGCGGCAGCGACUCGGCGCGCGCGUCGUCUGCGGGGUCGCUGGCGCAGAGGGACGGCGCCGAGCCCUGGGAAGAGGAGGACCUGCCUUCGGACGACGAGAGUGAGGCGACGCCCGUGUACCUGUUCCUGGCCGCCGCAGGCCUCACCGACUUCAUCCCGACCUUCGCCAAGGAGCACAUUGACCUCGACGCCCUCAUGCUGCUCACCGAGGAGGACCUCAUUAGCAUGAAGCUCCCCAUCGGCCCGAGGAGGAAGCUCUUGAAAGCCAUAAAGGAAAGGAAUGAAGCCCUAGAAGAUCCCGGGGAAGUGCAGGACAGCCAGCUCUGAAGACCGAGCGGGGCAUCUUGAUGAUCCCGCCCGGGGUGUACAGCGCUCUUCGCUCUUUAGCUUAAAAGAAACAGAACGCAGUGAUGUUUAUCAUACAGACUAAACCUUAGGACCUUCAACAUCGAAUAAGCAUUUUUUUUUUUUUUUUUUUUUUGCAAAAAUUGCAGUGUUGUACUUAGAGUGAUGAUUAGGAAAUACCAGUGAUUUAAUAUAAGGCUAAUUGGAAAGUAAUCAAGCAAACUGAGAUUAUGCUAUCCAUAUUGUUUUACAUUUGCGUUUAUCUGCAACAAGAAAUUGCAACAAUGAUAAGUAAAAAUUUUACUUAUCUUGUGUUGAAGGUUUGUCUUUGGAAAACGAGCGUAAAGGUAUAGUAUAUCACAUGAUACUAUUUUCGUAACUUUACAGCUCUUUACAGAAAAAAUGAGGUUUAUUUGAUUCGCAUCACUUCUCGAAUCCUGAUCAGACAUCUGCUCUGCGCCAUUAAUGCUUCGCUGAGAUGAAUUAGAUGGACGUACGUGCGUUAAGAUCAGACCCUUCUAUCUGUCUCUGCCCUUCCUUCCUUCCUUCCUCCCUUCCUCCCUUCCUCCCUUCCUCUCUUCCUCCCUCCUUCCCUCCCUCUCUCUCUCCCUCCCUCCCUCCCUCCCUCCUUCCCUCUCUCCCUCCCUCCCAACCUCUCUCUCUCUCUCUCUCUCUCUCUCUCUCUCUCUCUCUCUCUCUCUCUCUCUCUCUCUCUCUCUCUCUCUCUCUCUCUCUCUCUUUCUCUUUCUCUUUCUCUCUCUCUCUCUCUCUCUCUCUCUCUCUCUCUCUCUCUCUCCCUCCCUCCCCCCCGCUCUCUCUCUCUCUCUCUCUCUUUCUCCUCUCUCUCCUUCUCUCUCUCCCCCUCUCUAUCCCUCCCUCCCUUCCCCCGCUCUCUCUCUCUCUCUCUCUCUCUCUCUCUCUCUCUCUCUCUCUCUCUCUCUCUCUCUCUCUCUCUCUCUCUCUCUCUCUCUCUUUCUCUCUCUCUCUCUCUCUCUCUCUCUCUCUCUCUCUCUCUCUCUCUCUCUCUCUCUCUCUAUCUCUCUCUCUCUCUCUCUCUCUCUCUCUCUCUCUCUCUCUCACUCUCGGUAAAUGUGUCCUUAUCUGGUUGGAACUGACAGUCCAGUCACCCCUUGUUGCCAUAUUAUAUAGUCAUUAUGAAUGAAGCACUUGUAACAUAAAUGUAGAAUUAGAGAACUGACUUAUCUCUCCCUCUUUCGACCAAUGAUUCUUAAAUAUUUUUUACAUUCCCAGGUCGUAUAUGAAAAAAAAAUACUUGUCACCUCAUUCGAUUUUAUAUUAGUUUUAGAUCCCUGUUUUGCUCUGUGGAAGUAACCGGGGAAAAAACAGAAAUACUUGCCAGUGAAAAAAAAAUCACGCUUAUAUUCUAUAAAGAAUGUAGAUUUGAAUAUUAUACCCUAAAUCACAGUGAGUAUAAAGUUUCGGUUAUUUUCGUUAGCGAAAAUCAGAGUCCUUAAUUAACUGAACGCUUCCUUAUCCCUUUCGAAGACACAGGAUUUGGAUAUUUUCUUUAAUUUUCACUUUUUACUCGGUAAUACGUCUUUAGUUUAAGAGUGUUUCAUCAUGUGUCAGAGUAUAUUUGUUUUUGGAUGUCUUAUGCAUGUAGUUAAGAUAACUUGUUCUUAUAUUCUCUUUACUCUUUUUUUUUGUCUCCAUGUGAUGCACACACACACACCUGUGCCUAUAAACUGGAUGUUCUAUUCGACGAAACAGAAAAACACCACCAAAAUAGAGCCAUCAAACUAGCAACACGUUUGACCUGUUUCCACUUAUCUCUUGUGCUGCUACUGGAUGUGAAUCAGCGUCCAGGCCUCGGGAAAGCCAUUACGAAGCCGAACUUUGUCUAAAUGUGUCUGAAUCAUUAUCUGUAUAUUUGUACAUAUAGUCAGUAAAGCUUUGAAGGUUUGAAAGUGUGUAAGCAAUUAAAAUUUGAUAUACAUUA